AUGUCUGUAUCAUUAAAUGACGCAAAGUCGAAUACAAAUCAUGCGUACAAGACAUUAGAAGAAUCACAAGAUAAGAAGAAUGAAAGAUUGGAGAUUAAAGACACAAGUCUACAACAUUUUAAGUCACAAAAAGAAACUGAGGAAGAUGCGAAUCAGAAAGAUGAGAAUCAAGAAAAGAAAAAAAAACAUGAAGUUGCAUCAUCUGAGACCAUAUGUGAAAACUCGGAAGAAGCAUCUGAGAAUCAGAUGAAAAUGAAUGAUACCGAGAACGAUGAGAUGCAACAAGUUGAUGGAAAUGAUGCAACAGAAGUACCACCAGCAAAAGAUACGCAAUUGCGACGAAAUUAUUUGCAACGAAUUUAUCGUCAAUUGCAAAGUACACAUCCAACACAAGAUGAUGCAAAAACUCGGCAACUUGCAACCAAUAUGGAAAUGGAAACGUGUCAAAAUGCUGCAACUCGGAAUCAAUAUAUUACAGCAAUGGAGCAUGCAAUUCAUAAACUUAUGGAGUUUGAACUCGAACAAACAAACGAUACUCAAGGCUUUGAAUCAAUUCAAUCUCAUACUUUUGAGUACGUUCAAGCACUUGCGAAGGCACAAGAACAAAAUACUUUGAAUGCAUGUGAUCACUCUGGUGGUUUUUCGACUCCUCGUUCAACCACAUCAUUUCAAUCGUUAAUGGGUCAGCAGUUUUCUAACACUGAAUCGCAUCAAGGAAAUCAAUUAAAUGGUUUCAAACAAAUGGAUAAUAUACCACAUUCAAGUCUCGACACGUCAUUUUAUCCACCACCUUGGAAUGUUUCAUUCUCAAAUGAAUUACAUAACAGAAUAGAAGAAACAACUUGUCGAAAUAUGAUGGAAACACGUCAAGAUCCUCAUUUACAACAAUCAAAACCAAAUCAAUCGCGUGUAACAACGUUUCAAGAUUUUUCAGCACAGAUUCAACAUUUAGACAAGUCGAUUUUAAUUGAAUUGUUAUGGAAUCAAAGAAAUGCAUUAGCACGAUGGCAACAUCAAGCAAAACAACUUGAAUUUCAACUACAAAAUGUUACAAACAAUUUCGAAACCACUUCAUUUACUUCACCUAUGGGAAAAUUUGUGAAUCCUCACGUUUCAGCUGAAGCUGAGGUACAUCGAAGUCGAGAUCGUCAUACUUUACGAAUGGCUCAACAACAGAGAAUGACGACGUAUUCGUAUGGACAUUCGUGGAUAUCAAAUGCAAGUGACAAGUGGGAGAAAAAUGCACAAACAUAUUGGGAACGCGUUCGAGCAUUAAAAGUUGCAUCGAAUGAGAAACUUCGCACAGCAUUACGGGCAUUGGCACACCAUACAGCACCCCCAAAUUCGAUUUACAGUAUCAAAGCUCAGUCAAUGAUGCAGAAUAUUGUAUUAGUCUUGAAUAUUUUAAACGAGCAACCGAGUUCAGUGCAGCCACGAAAGUUUGACGUAUUAGACUCAAUUGAGCGAUUUAUGCAAAUGUCAGUGAAUCCAAUUGUUCAAAAGGUGCAAUCAAGUGUAGAGUCGCGAGGUUCAGUCGCAUCUCAUACUUCAAAAGGAGAUUCUCGCGAUAGUAAAACAGAGAAAGAGUUUAAUUCUCGAUACAGUGAAGAAAUUACGUCGCAAGAAAUGGAAUCAAAGGACAUUUUGACGUCAGGAAUGAAUUCUUCAAAUGACUUAAUGAAUGAAUUUAAUGAGUCGUCGAAUGUAUUGAAAGGAGAUCAAAUGAUGACAAGAUUGAAAAGUCCAGUUGAUGAAGUUCGAAGUGCGAGCUUGAGUUCCGAGAUGAAACCACGUGAAAGUUCUAAUAAGAGAAUGGAAGAGAAUGUUGAUGAGACAUUGAAUGAAUUCUCGGAAUUAGCCGAUAUUAAUUUUGAAGAUCCCAACAUUCUUGAAAAAGAAUAUCAUUCGUUUCAUGUGAAAUGCGAGAAGGACGAAAUGUGA